AUGCCGUCACAAGUGGCGACAUGUCUGCGCCUUGCGCGGCAGUUCUCCGCUGAUCCUAGCAAGCACCAACGAUUUCUCGCACGUGCUUUCUCCAGCAGUAUUCGACGACCCGAAAUCAACAAGGUUGUCUCCUCCGCAGACCUCGCAAUCAAAGACAUGAAGUCCAACUCGACACUAUUGGCUGGUGGCUUCGGUCUCUCCGGUGUUCCAGACACCCUGAUCAGCGCGGUGCGCGCCAAUCCCUCCAUCACGGGAUUGACAGUUGUCAGUAACAACGCCGGUGUGGACGGAGCGGGUCUCGGUCUCCUUCUCCAGUCCAAGCAGAUCAAGAAGAUGAUUGCUAGUUAUGUGGGCGAGAACAAGACUUUCGAGCGCAUGUACCUGACUGGAGAGAUUGAGCUCGAGUUGACCCCCCAGGGUACCUUGGCGGAACGUUGUCGUGCCGGUGGUGCGGGCAUCCCGGCUUUCUAUACCCCUGCAGCCUGUGGUACCGUUGUGCAGACGGGCGAGUUGCCUCUGAAGCAUAACUCUGAUGGGACUGUUGCGCUCUACAGUGAGCCCAGGGAUGUUAAGGUCUUUGAUAAGAAGAGCUACGUCAUGGAGGAAGCGAUCAAGGGUGACUAUGCGUUUGUGAAGGCCUGGAAGGCCGAUAAGUUGGGCAACUGCCAGUUCCGCUAUUCUGCGGCUAACUUCAAUGGUGCCAUGGGCCGCAAUGCGAAGAUGACGAUCGUCGAGGCGGAGCACAUUGUUGAGCCGGGCGAGAUUGAGCCCGCUGCUAUUCAUCUGCCGGGUAUCUAUGUCAAGAGGGUGAUUCAGAGCACAGCCCCCAAGAACAUUGAGAAGUAUACUUUCGCCAAGGAAGAGGGCGAGGAGGCAGCUGCCCUGGGUAAGGGUGAUACUGCUGCUAAGCGCGAGCGUAUCGUUCGUCGUGCGGCGAAGGAGUUCAAGAACGGGAUGUAUGCGAACUUGGGCAUUGGCAUGCCCAUGCUGGCGCCUAACUUUGUCGAUCCCUCUGUGGAAGUCAUGCUGCAGUCUGAGAACGGCAUCCUGGGUCUGGGUCCUUACCCUCAGAAGGGACAGGAGGACGCCGAUCUCAUCAAUGCUGGCAAGGAGACGGUCACACUGCUGCCUGGAGCUGCUUGCUUCGGUAGUGAUGAAUCCUUCGGUAUGAUCCGUUCGGGACGGAUCGAUCUGACUAUUUUGGGCGCGAUGCAAGUCAGUGCCCGGGGUGACUUGGCAAACUGGAUGCUGCCUGGCAAGAUCAAGGGCUUCGGUGGUGCUAUGGACCUCGUAUCGAACCCCUCCGCCACCAAGGUGGUGGUGACCAUGGAGCACACGGAUAAGAAGGGCGGCCCUAAGAUCGUGAAGCAGUGCGAAUUCCCCUUGACCGGAAAGACUUGCGUCAGCCGGAUCAUCACUGAGCUCUGCGUGUUCGACGUCGACUUCACAGAUGGACUGACACUGGUUGAGCUGGCCGAUGGAGUCACCGUGGAUGAGGUGCGGAGCAAGACGGAGGCACCCUUCAAGGUGGCUGAUGAUGUCAAGCCGAUGCUGUAG